AUGGGUUUUCCGUCUUUAAUAGGCAGAAAUAAAAAGAAGAUUUUCAACUAUAUUUCGCAGCGUGUUUGGCAGAAAGUGAAGGGAUGGAACGCAAACUUCUUGUCACGAGGAGAUAAAGAGAUUCUUAUAAAAACCGUUGCUCAAUCGUUACCAAACUAUGUCAUGAACAACUUUCUUUUACCGGUUAGCUUAUUUGAUGAGUUAGAGCUGUUAGUUAGACAAUCUUUGAGGUUGAUUAGUGUGACAAAGUCUAUGAUGUCAAGGUUACUUAAAGCAAAGUAUUACCCACAUACGUCUUUUCUUGAAGCCAAGAUGGGUUCCAAUCAAAGUUAUAUUUGGCGUAAUUUGAUGGAAACCCAAGAUGUUAUGAUUCGUGGUGCUAGAACAAGGAUCAAGGAUGGCAAGAACACUAGAAUUUGGGAUGACCCUUGGCUUUGUGAUGCUACCAAUGGUUUUCUCGCUGAUCCUAAACCGCCAAAGUUCAGUGAUGCGUGCGUGAACAACUUAAUGGAGAUUAAUGACAGAAGCUGGGACGUGGGCUUGAUUUAUGAUGUGUUCAGUCCCCAAAAUGCUGCUCGUAUUAUCUGGUUCCUGUGA